CAGUAGCCGAACUGCAUCAGUCGCUUUGCGCCACUCGUCGAUGACGCUCAACACUGUGCUCGUCUUCUGUUCUUCUUCUUGAAAGCAAAUCGACAGCUUUUGUUAACACGGAGCACGAAAAGAACGUUGGAAAUUCAGAUUCUCGUUCAACGACGAAGCUCUUUGCCAAAACAUCUGACUUUUCGUGAGGCACUGCAAGUGUCGCAACGAGAUCGAAUUAAUUAAACAAACAAAAUUCCGUUGGACGAUAGAAAUUGAUUCCGAUUCGCCAGUGUAAUUCAACCUUUUCGAAAGAUCCCACGCUACACAAUGUCUUUGACGAGUUUUAGAAUGAUACUAUUGCCAGUUAUCUUGGUGGUGAUGACCGGUUGUUGGCCGGCGUCUGCCGAUCCCCGGUUGAGCAACGCCUUGCUGUGGAAGCGUUUGGGUCUGAAUCGGGCCAUCGGCAGUGAAAGGCCGCAAAUCACAUCCAGCAAGAAAAAGGGCGAGUCAACCGUGUACUUUAUUAAAUUGCCACCUCAACCUCACUACUAUUCAGCGUUCAACCUUCUGCCAUCAUCCGGCUACCAGAAAAAUACACCAGAACCUUUUGAAACGGUGUCGGUUGACUUUACUGCCAACGGUAAACCGGAGAAUGUUUACCACUGGAACCUUCCAUUGGGUUUGACCUUGCCUACGACAACGACGACGACGACUACAACGCCACCUCCGGUAUCUAGUAGCCAUUCGCCGUUGAAUCAGAAGAAGCCCUACCGGCGUAAUUAUUACAACAACGGCAAACCGCACAAAUUAUAUUUCGUCAAACCUUCAUACCGUGCUCCGGUGACCACCACUCCGACGCCCACUUUGCCGACCGCUAGCAGCACAGAGACACCGCAAUCGACCACUGUCGCCACUUUCUACAAGAAAUUUCAAUUUAAAAAGAAUUUUAAAGGCAACGGGAAACCAAAUCAACUUUACUUCGUCCAACCCGCCCAUUUCAGUUUCUAACUAUCCCAUUUUGUUUUGUUUGUUUUUUCUUUCUUUAUUUUUGAUUGUUCUGUUGUUGUUGUUGUUUUUGUGUUAACGUUAUUCUAUAGCAUGCCAUUAGCGAAAAAUAAGCAAAACAUAAACGAAACGAAAACUAAGUAUCAAAUUUUUUUUUAGAAAAGCGCGCGCGCAAAAGUGUCUAACCCCAUUCAUCAGCUUGAAAUGUGCAUCAUUCUUAAUUUAAACGACCAUGCAGAAAUGAAUAAGAAACGCGACUAACGUAUUUUGUUUUCCAUUCUCGUCUGCCCCACCCUCUUUUUUUUUUAACGUCAUUUCACUGGACUUUUUUUUGUGUGUGUGUACAUAAACGGUGGAAUACGCUUGUUAUUUUUCGUUAUAAAAUAAAGUUGCAAAAAAAAAAUGAA